AUGUCCAAACGAAAGUCUAAUCCUAUUCUAGAAAUGUUCAAUAAAAAACAAAAAAAUAAUGAAAAUGACGUUAAUCACCUAGCCUCACACUCGCCUGUAAAAUCAGUAAUAGAUCAAGAGAUGCAAUAUGAAGAUAUUAUAAUUGAGUGUAAAGGUGAUGAAGAAGAAUUAAAUGUAAGUAAUUUAUUACAACUCCAUUCUGACAAUCCUGAAAGUGUGAAUAAUGAAUGUAAUGAUGUUGGUAUUUUGUUGGAGUCAAAAACUAUUUUCACUGAUACCAUAAAAAAACACUUGCUUACAAAUCCAUUUAUUCCCCAUCAAAAUGAUCCGCUACCAUAUUCUGAGCAUUUAAAAAAAGGAAAUACUGUAAAAUAUUAUUUAAGAUUUCAUCAUUUUCAAAGAUUUACAUGGAUAAUAUACUCACCAUUUAAAAAAGGAAUUUAUUGUAAAUUUUGCACCAUAUUUGCUUUAAAUAAACUAGUAGGAUCUUAUAAAUGUAACAGCGAAGCAGGCUAUUUAGUAAAAUAUCCUCUUAUUUCCUUUUCUAAACUUAUUGGUAAAGAUGGAGCACUUAUAAAACAUGAAAAUGCUAUAUAUCAUAAAAAUUCAGUUGAAGCUUCAAAAGACUUUUUAAAAAUGUACGAUCGGCCAGAACUAGAAAUAAUUAAUAGAUUAGAUGAUCAUAGAUUAAAACAAAUCAAGGAAAAUCGUUCAAGAUUAUUACCAAUCGUUGAUACUAUUAUUACUAUGGGUAAACAAAACAUACCAUUUAGAGGUCAUAGAGAUGACGGAAAUUUGCUUGAUAAACCUGAAAACUCCAGUAUUACGAAUGAAGGGAAUUUUCGUGCUAUUUUGAGAAUGCGUGUUAGAGCUGGAGAUAACGAGUUAAAAAAUCAUUUGCAAAACAGUUCACAAACGGCCACUUAUAUUUCUAAAACUACACAAAAUGAGUUGAUUGAUAUUUAUUCAGUCAGAGAAGAUUUCAUUUCCUUUGUUGAUGUCCAUCAAGUUAAUUUCGAAAAUAAUGAUGUUGAACCGAAAAUAACUGGUACUUUGUUGGGAAAAACUGUUGUUAAAAUAAUGAACCAAAAUGGAUUGAACUUAGAUUACUGUGUUGGUAUUUGUACUGAUACUUGUAGUGUCAUGGCUUCAGAGCAAGCUGGUGCUGUUUCUGAAAUAAUGAAGCAUACAAAGAAUGCAGCCAGAGCUCUUUGCCGAAGUCAUGCACUAAAUUUGGUAUUAUCUAAGUCAGCAAAUAUUUCAAGUGUUAGAAACUGCUUUGGUACAAUUAAAGAAAUAAUUGCUUUCUUCCAUAGUUCAGCCAAAAGAAAUUUUGUUCUCAAGCAAAAAUUAGGUUCCGAGUUGAGUGGCUUAUGUGAUACAAGAUGGGUAGAACGACACGAAUCUUUAAUGUUUUUUAAUGAUAAUUUAUUACAAAUACUACAGGCUUUAGAAUGUAUAAGUACAUGGGAUGAUGUGACUUCUUCUUCAAAAUCACAUUGCUUUAUUCGUUGCUUAACAUCUACUGACUUUAUCGUCUCUGUAAAAAUUACUAAUUUAAUUUUUACAAUAACACAUUCCCUAAGUAAAGCACUCCAAAAACAAAGUUUGAAUGUGAACACUGCCACUGAGUUAAUUAAUAAUACUAAACAAAUUAUACAGAAUGAAAGAUGCCAAGCAAAUAUUACAUUUAAUAGAAUUUGGAAAACCAUUCUAGACAUUUCAGAAAAAAUUAAUAUCGUUCCUUGUAUGCCAAGACUAUCAGUGAAACAAACUUGUAGGUCCAACAUCUCAUCUGAUACAGUUGAAGAUUAUUAUAGAAAAAAUACGUUUAUCCCAUUAUUAGAUGCCAUUAUUACAGAUUUCAACCAAAGAUUUGAAAAAAAUACUGUUCCAAUAGAAAUAGUUUUAUCGUCUUUACUUCCAAAAAAAAUAUCUCAAUUAGAUACUGAAGAACUACAAAGAGUAACAUCACAUUUAUGGGGAAAAUAUUCAGAAUUACUAAGUACGAACAUAAGUACUUACAACAACGAAGAUAUAUUCAAGUCAGAAGUUGAACUAUGGAAAGCCAAAUGCAACAGUAAUAAUACAAUGUACAACGUAUUGGAUAAUGUAGAACUUUUGAAAUUAUGUGACGAAGACAUCUAUCCAAAUUGUAAUUUUUUAAUUAAGAUUUUGGUUGUUUUACCUGUGACAGUGUCAUCGGCAGAGAGAAGUUUCUCUACCCUCAAAAGGUUAAAAGUCUGGUUGAGAAAUAGAAUGAGUGAAGAGAGAUUAGUUGGAUUAGCUCUGCUGAAUGUACAUAAUGAUAUUGAAAUCACGCCUGAUGAAGUCAUUGACCUGUUUGCCAAAAGUAAAAAUAGAAAGCUAGACUUAAUUCUUUAA